AUGUCUGCUCAGACUCAGGCGCCUGGAAAGAAGCAGCAGGAUCUGCAAACGCAAUAUUCCAACUUUAAGAAUGUGCUGCAGCAAAUAGCACAGAAAAUUGGAGAUAUCGAGCAGGAAGCUGAGGAGCACAAGCUCGUUCUCGAGACACUCGAGCCCCUGCCAAAGGACCGCAAAUGCUUUCGGCUUAUCAACGGCGUCCUUGUGGAGAAGACAGUUGAGGAUGUUGCGCCUGCUCUGAAGACGAACCAGGAUGGCCUGAAGAAGGUGUUGGAUGACUUGGUAAAGAGCUACAAAACGAAACAGGAUGAGCUCGACUUGUGGAAGAAGAAGAACAAUGUCCAAGUCGUGCAGCAAUAG